GUUAGUUCUCUUUUCCACAAUGCCCCCGUUGGCGUUGACGUAACGUUUUCCAGGAAAUAAUAACAAAAACCUAGGUUUCUAUGGUUUGCCUAUUCUCCUCAAUUCAACGUUUUUUUAUUUUCUCUUUUAGCUAUGGCGCACAGAACCUUAGAGGUUAACGUCAUCUCUGCAAAAGGCCUCAAAAAUGUUAAUCUCAUCGAUAAAAUGGAUGUGUAUGCCAUCGUUUCCCUCAAGAGGGAUUCGUUGAAGCAGAAGCAGAAGCAGAAGAUAAAAACCCCUGUGGACAAGGAUUGUGGCAAAGACCCAAACUGGAAUUUCCCGGUCAAGUUCACCGUCGAUGAGUCCUUGGCCAAAAGCAACAACCUGAAUCUGAAGUUCAAGAUCAAGUGCGAGCGUAUCCUUGGAGACAAAGAACUUGGUCAAGUCAACGUGCCUGUUAAGGAGCUCCUGGAUUCAUCAGGUGAAGGCGGUUCCAUGAAGUUUGUCAGUUACCAGGUAAGGAAACCGUCAGGAAAACCUGAAGGUACCUUGAAUUUUUCUUACAAGUUUGGAGACAAAGAUUCAGAGCCUGUCAAAUCAGAUAAAAGCAAGGGUGAGCAGUCUGUUACUGCAUAUCCGGCACACAUGGCAGCAGGGUCAAGUUCUGCCCCAUAUGGCGCUCCUGGACCUUAUCCACCACCACAGCCAGCUGGUUACGGAUACCCACCGCCACCUGUAGCGGCUGCAUAUGGUGGAUACCCACAACAGGCACCACCUCCACCAGGGUAUGGGUACCCACCUCCACCAGGGUAUGGGUACCCACCUCCACCUCCAGGAUAUAGUUACCCUCCACCAGGGGGAUAUGGGUACCCACCAGUGCAACAGCCGCCAAAGAAGAACAGCAAUUUGGGAUUGGGAUUGGGAGCUGGGUUGCUUGGAGGGGCGAUUGGAGGGCUGUUGAUUGGAGAUAUGGUUUCUGAUGCUGCAGCUUAUGAUGCUGGGUUUGAUGAUGCUGGUGGUUUUGAUUUUUAAUCUUUCCCUUUCUUUAUGCUUUUUAAUUGGGCUCUGUUUUGUAUUGUAUUAGAACUAUUAUUGAUCUUAUUAGAUUAAUAAUACUUGCUGCUACUGUUCAUCACUAUUUUCUUUUUAAAAAUAUUUUUCCAUUUCUGAAAGGGGAAAAAGCGUAUAAAUAAGAAUUUUUAAGCUUUCU